UAACGCCACGAGCCACUGAGAGCAAGGAGGGUUUAUGUUCAAACGGACUUUACUGGGCUGCUUUUCUGCUUUCAAACUGCCUGUUUCCAUUUUAGAAUGAACAUAAACUAAUAAAUAAAUGUAAAAAAUAUCAGCACAUUAACCGGCCGUUCGUUGUUUGGGCUCAGGAGGCGGACUGCCCCAGUUUUAAGUGUCCAGUGGAGCCCAUGAAGGAGAGACUUUGCAGAGGAAUGAGGCCAGAACGAGAAAUCUCUCGAUGUUGUUCGUCCUGAUUAUUGUUUAGAGACGCUGCAGAGGCAUGGCCCUGCAGGCAUCCCCCUUUCCUAAUGGGUUUGUUGCAGGUGUCCACACUGUGGGAUGGGCAUUCAUCCUGCCUUGUUUCUGGUUUCUGGAUCGCCUCAUUGCUGUGUGCAAGUCCACCACCUUGGAGCGAACCCAGAGACUGGAGCAGGAGUGCUACCUGCACCCGCUCAAGGUCUUCUUCGGCUCCAUUGUCUUCUUCAUUCUUUUUCUCGCUACGGCCCCUUUGGCUUUCCUCGGCUUUCUGCUCUGGGCACCGCUUCAGGCUUGCCGCCGGCCAUUUUACUACCACAGAGAGACGCCGUCCCCACCAGAGAAGGAGAUCCACAGAGGCUUUGAGCUGGUAGGAAAGGCAUCGUUCAGCUUCGCUACAGCUAACCUGUGUCUGCUGCCCGACAGCUUGGCUCGCUUUAACAACCUGGGCCACACUCAGCUCAGGGCGUCCGCCAUCGGCCAGCGCAUUGUGCAGGGUGUGUGUCGACCACAUAUCCGCAUCUUUGUCGACUCCCCCAGCAGCUGCGGUACUCUCAGCCCCUCCAACAGCAUCCUCCCCACAGUUAACACGGCGACAUACGGGGCUACAGACAGGCAGCCACAACCCCCCGUAAGUCACCAUCCUGACUCAGCUGUUCCCAUCUCAAAGUCCAGUAGUGAUGUAGUUUGUGUGCCCUGUGAUGACACAGAAGAAACAUCAGCUGAGUCAUCUCCUCCGCUCCUCAAUUCUAACCAGAACUCUAACCAGCAGGGCCGAUCGGGUCACCGGAGUGCCCCCCGAGCUUUGCUCUCUCAGGGUCUCCGCCAGCAGGACGACGUGCCCUGGGAGGUGUCGUCUCUGUUUCCGGCCGACAUCGACAUACUGUGCCUAGAAGAGGUGUUUGAUAAGAGGGCAGCGCGGAAGCUCACUGAUGUGCUAAAACCCGUGUUUGGACACAUUCUGUAUGAUAUUGGUGUGUAUGCCUGCCAGCCGCCGUGCAGAUGCUCCUCUUUUAAAUUCUUCAACAGUGGCCUCUUCCUCGCCAGUCGAUUCCCUGUACUCGAAGCCCAGUACCACUGCUUUCCCAACAGCCGUGGGGAAGAUGCGCUGGCUGCCAAGGGCCUCCUCUCUGCUAAGGUGCUAAUCGGACAGAAUCAGAAAGGGAAGCGCGUGGUUGGCUAUUUUAACUGCACACAUCUUCACGCUCCAGAAGGGGAAGGAGAAAUUCGCUGCGAGCAGCUGAACAUGGUAACCAAGUGGAUCUGCGAUUUUCAAGCUGCCAACUCGCUGCCUGACGAGGACGUCGUUUUUGAUGUGCUCUGUGGCGAUUUCAACUUUGACAACUGCUCACCUGACGACACUCUGGAACAAAAUCACUGCCUGUUUGAGGAAUAUAGGGAUCCUUGCAGGGCAGGACCUGGAAAGGAGAAGCCUUGGGUCAUCGGUACUUUACUGGAGCAGCCUACAUUGUAUGAAGAUGACAUAAACACUCCAGAAAAUCUACAAAGGACUUUGGAAAGCGAUGAGCUGAGACAACAGUACAUCUGUCCUCCUGUUCCUGCAAUGGGAACCCCGUUGGUUUACCCCGAGGCUGGCCAGCCGUGGAUUGGACGUCGGAUCGACUACAUCCUCUACCGUGAAAACUCCAUUUCAAAGCGCUGCCGAACAGAAGUUGAAGAGGUGACCUUUAUAACCCAGCUGGCUGGCCUCACGGACCAUAUUCCUGUGGGCUUGAGACUUAAUGUCACUAUGGACUCUGACUCUGCUGAUGAAUGAGAAGUAAUUCAAACAAAAACACAGCUUUUCCUCCAUACAAGCAUGUUUGGAUUACAUGCUUGAAUUUGUAAUUUCAGUGAAUAUGUACUGACCAAUGAGCUUGUACCUCAGGUGGAAUUUAUAUGAAUUUAUUGACGUUUUAUAAUAUGUACAAUUUUAACAUUUUAAUCUGUGCAAGCCAGUUGGAUUGAUUUUGUAAAACUGUAUAUUUUUAGUAUUUUUCACCCUGAAAAUUUUCCUACAGAAAUAAAUGCAAGGAAUGAA